UCCCCGCUUGGAACAAACCCAACUCGUCUCUACUCUCCACUUUUCUUUACGUUUUACUCCUCCUUUUCUCCUCUUCCUCUUCCCUCUUCCCUCUCUUCGCUUCCACUCCUCCCCACCCACGCCUCCUCCUCCUCGCUUCCCCGACCAUCGCAUCGCGGCGCAGCGCAGCGGAGGAAACCCUAGCGCAGCAGCAAGCCACCGCCGCCGCAUGGCGUCCCCGGCGCGGCCCGCCGCAGCCUCCGUCUCCGGCGCCUUCGGCCUCUCCGCCGACCCGGCGCGGUGCUCCUUUGACCAGACGCUCCGCCGAGAGCAGGAUUUCCAGGACAACCGGCUGCUGAGGUCACUUGUUAAUAUCCAUGAACAAGAAACUUAUUCCAGAGAAAUAAUAACGGAAGCUAUAGAGAGCUGCAUGAAGAAACAAGCAGACAACUUGGUGAAUACACUGGAUGUCAUCAGUGGGAGGCUAUCACAGUUGGAGCUGUAUUGCUAUAAGCUGGAAAGGUCAAUUGGAGAAUUACGAAGUGAUGUGAUGGAUUACCAUGGUGAAGCAAAUAUUAACUUCCGUUGCCUCGAAAAGCAUGUGAAAGAGGUUCAAAACUCUGUACAGGUGCUGCAGGAUAAGCAAGAGCUUGCUGAAACCCAGAAGGAACUAACUAAACUUCAAAUAUUACAUGAGGAAUCUGCACAGAAAAGCGAAGGUACUGCUCCAUCAGUUCUUAUGACAAAGGAAAUUGACGGCAGCAUGCCAGUUGCAAAACAUGAGCUUGCCCUUGUGCCUCUGCAUCAAGUAAAUGCUGCCCAAUCUCCUGCUAUGCAAUUCCAAAGUUGCAAUGGGCUUGUUCUGCAGCAACUGGUCCCAGUCUCAUUGAGCACUCAACAAGACCAGCAGCACAUGAACCAAGCCACCUUGUACUGUAUGCAAACCCAAGCUCAUGUUGAGCACAGGCAGGCCCAACCAUUUCAACCUGCACCUCAACCUGUGCAGCGACAUACCCAGAAUACGCCACAGACUGUAGUUGAGGCACAACAGGUGACAAGUCAGGCCCCAGACUUCUACAUUCAACCUCAGCAGCAAUGGGCACAUCAAACUGGCCAGCAAGUUCACCAGGCAAGGCAGCCACAGCCACAGGUUGUGCAACAGCAACAUUACAACAAUAUUCAGCAAGUUCCAGCACAGAUAGUUCAAAUGCAAACUUCUUCUCCACAGGCUCAAAGUGCACCACAUGUCACACUGUUGUACCCUCCUUAUGGAUCUCAACAACCUGCCUGUGCUAAUAGUGAGCCACGCUCGCGAAGCAUGGCUAUGCAGCCUUCCUACUCUACAAUUUCCUCGUCCCAAAGGAAUCAUCAUGAAGUCGCUCCUGUUUAUGUGCAAAGCAACACAAUUUCAGUCCCACUGGCUGAGCAUAGCAUCCAGUCUCAGCAGCCACCGCAACUUCAAUCGUUUGGUAAUGGCUCAUUUAAACCAAGCAAGGUCAGCCUACAUGGUGUUGCCUCAUAUACAGUACAGGGGAAUGCCCAGGCCUAUAACACUGCUUAUGGAAAUCCGUCCAACAAUGCUGCUACUGUUGUUGCUGUCCUUCCUCAACAAGCCCAGUCUAGUGCUCCCAUGGUGCUUCAUCAUUUAGGACCACAGUCUCUGCAGAAUCAUCCAAUAGACAUGGUUGAAAAGGUUGCUCGUAUGGGUUACUUUAAGGAUCAAGCUGAGAGCAUGGCACUUCGAAUGGCUACUGCUGGACAGAAUGUAGAGUUCAAACACCUCGCUUGACAAGCAGAUCUCUGGUGGCGAUGAGGUGGCGAGUAGGAGAAUGAACAAGCCAGUUUGGAACCGCUGCAUGUGGUUUGUUGGCUUGUUCCUGUGAAAUAUUAUGAUAUCUUACUAUCAUGGGAAGCUUUUCAGCUUUGCUAAGGUAUUUCGUCUGGCAUCUUUUUAAACAGCCAGCAGAUUGGUACAUAUCCUGCAGCUUAUUUUUUUCAGCUGGAGGAUUGUGAUGAAAUAAUACUGCUAGUUUAGUUAAGAUGAUGAUUGUUGGCAUGUGUCCUACCUUUUAAUGGACAUAUAUGCUUGUAACCUUUUGUGGACUUGCAUACGCAUGUUUGCAAUACGAAGAUAUGAGAAAUUUGUUGUUUUCACCUU